UCAUACCACAGUCACUUCCUUCUUCUACUCAGACUACAUAGCUCUAUUCGUGUCGACUGCCCAGAGUCCACGAAUACAGCCUCAAACCUCAAACCACUACCACAAAUUCAACCUGACUACAUAUACACAGCAAAGCAACACAUCUGCAAACCAGAGCUAACAGCAGCUACAUUCCAGCAGCCUCUCCUGCCUCUGCUCAGACAUGUCGCUGUACAGUUUUGGCCUGGAGCCACUCUCCUGCCACACCUGGAACAAAGACAGAACCCAGAUUGCAGUGAGUCCUAACAACAAUGUGGUGAACAUCUAUGAGAGGAAAGCCAAAGAAUGGGUCAAGAUCCAUGAGCUGACUGAGCACAGUGGACGAAUCACAGGCAUUGACUGGGCUCCAGAGACCAACCGCAUUGUCACAUGUGCCUCUGACCGCAAUGCCUACGUGUGGACUCUGAAAGAUAAUGUGUGGAAGCCCACCCUGGUCCUGGUGCGCAUUAACCGUGCAGCCACCUGUGUGAAGUGGUCACCACUUGAGAACAAGUUUGCCCUGGGCAGCGGAGCUCGCAUCAUUUCUGUCUGCUAUUUUGAGAAGGAGAACGACUGGUGGCUGAGUAAGCACAUCAAGAAGGCCAUUCGUUCCACAGUCUUGAGUCUGGACUGGCAUCCCAACAACAUCCUACUGGCAGCUGGGUCUGCAGACCUCCACUGCAGGGUUUUCUCAGCUUACAUCAAGGACAUCGAGGAGAAGCCUGGACCCACUGCCUGGGGGGCCAAAAUGCCAUUUGGGGAGGUGCUGCUGGAGCAUAAGGACUGUGGAGGAUGGGUGCACAAUGUCUCCUUCUCUCCCAGUGGAGACCAGCUGGCCUGGGUGGCCCACAACAGCAGCAUCACUGUGGCUGACGCUGCUCAGGGGAAAGAGGUAACCCAGCUGACCACUGACCAUCUGCCACUUCUGAGUGUGCUCUAUGUCAGCCCCACUGAGAUUGUUGCUGCGGGUCAUGACUGUUGCCCCUACCAGUUCACCUAUAAAGGUCCAAGUGCUCUGGAGUUUGUGAAGAAGCUGGACAUCCCCAAGCAGACCUCCAAAGGCAGCAUGUCAGCCAUGCAACACUUCCGCAACCUGGACAAGAAAGCCACUGAGGAGGACAGCAACGAGCUAGACACCCUUCACCAGAACAGCAUCACACAGCUGUGUAUUGUAUCUGGAGAGAGAGCCAAAGUGGAGAAGUACAGCAGUGUGGGUCUGGAUGGAGCCAUGGUGAUCUGGGAUUUUAAGCAUUGAGACACCACAGAUGGUCAGUCCUUGAGGCGUCAGAAGCUGAGUGGACCACCACACCCUUGUAUCAAAUACUCUUUUGUUGAAUAUAACUGCUGCCACCUAAACCCAUGAAACUACUGAUGUGCUUUUGAAUAUCUGGAAAACAAUGUGAGCAUAUGUGGUUUGUGAUAUUUGUCAAUAAAAAAAAACUUUUGGAUAAAUAAAGAGGAUAUUUACAGGCCAGAAAA